AUUAAGACAACAUGCGUUUAAUAAGAUACCAAUUUUGGGCGUCGCGAGGGUGCUAAUACCUUCCUCACACGUAAUUGACUCCCGAGUCUUAAUUUUCUCUGGAUUUUUACGCAGACCUAAAAUUGCCUCUUUUUUAGGAAAAGUUAAAAAGAAAUUUUUCUUCUAAAAAGAGAAUUUAUUAGGUGUCCGAUCACACCUAGAAAAAAAAAGAUCAGUGGCGACUCCUUUUCAAAUAAAAUCGAGAUUCAAUUUUUCAAUAAUCAUUUCAAUUAGCGCCCAUCGCCAAAAUUUUUAGGUCGCUACAUUAGUGUUAUUUAAGCAUAAAUAUUUUUUUAAUUUAUUUUCAAUUUGUUGGGAAAUAUUUAUUUUAAUAUUUUUAGUAUUUUUGAGGUAUUUUUUUUAAUUUAAUAUAAGUGAGACCGAACCCGGGUUUUAGUAUUUUCAUCCGGGUCGGGUCUGGAAAAAGUUUUAGGCUCAUUUUUAGACCCAAACCUAUCAAGCGCACCCAAAAUUUUAUCAAGAACCCGACCCAACUGAUGGAUAAUUUUAGUCACCUUUACCUGUCCUAAUAAACCAAGUAUAGGCUCUUGAUCAAAUAUUUUCAAAUUAAAGGUAUAUUGUAUUUUAUCAAAAAAAAUUAUAGAUUAUAAAAUGGGUAUAAAAAAAAAGUAUGGGUCAUACCAAAAGAUGUUAAUUAGGAGUAUAAAUGAGAUAUUUGUGUUUACGUAUUGGAUGGUAAGAAAGGAUAAGAGGUGAAAUUUUGGAUAGAUGUUUGUUGGGUCUUUUGUAGUACUAUUACGGAUGACAAUGGAGCGAGACGAGGAUGGAUGCUGCCAAAUUCACUACUGCUUCACAGUUGUGAGAUGGUGGAUGAAUGCAACAACUGGAAAUGGGAGAUUUUGGACAGCUAUUUUAGCUGGACUACCAACCUACGGAUCGUAGGUACCUGCCCGCCAAAUGGAGAUGCUGGUCCAGACUUGAUUGGCUUUGGUGGUCGAGCAACGGUAAGGUCACGGUUGCCAAGGCCUGUAAAUUUAUUAUAAAGGUCGGGAACCUACGAACCUAUGAUGGCUUGCUGCCUGAGUGGAUGGCUCCAGAAUUCCUUCGCGGAGAGCCUUCAAACGAAAAAUCUGAUGUUUACAGUUUCGGAGUAAUCCUAUGGGAACUUAUUACCGUGCAACAACCAUGGAAUGGAAUCAGUCCUGCCCAGGUGGUUGGUGCUGUAGCUUUCCAGAAUAGGAAGCUUGCCAUUCCUCCUAACACCUCCCCAAAGUUGGUUUCCCUCAUGGAAUCUUGUUGGGCCGAUGAUCCCGCUCAGCGGCCGUCUUUCGGGAAUAUAGUAAUAACAUUAAAGAAGUUGCUCAAAUCUCCAUUGUAGCGAUGCAGAAAGGAAAACAGUAACAAUGGGUGUCGUUUGAAUAACCUGAAAGCAGCUGAUUUUGGAGAUUCUAUUCCACCAACCUUUGUUUUUGGUUCCAGGCAACUGUAGACGUUUUAUCUAACCCAUUUGGAAGGCAGUUCCCAUUAGAAGUUGAGGCCUAUAAUGAUCAUUAAUAAUAAGGUGGAAAAAAUAUAGCAAAGCUGUAAUGAGUUGUGUUCAUUAUAUGUAGGUUUUGCAUGGGGGGUUGCCUUUCCCCACAUAAAGCAAUUUGCCAGUGUAUGUAAAAUCGGAUAAGUUGGUUAUUCCCUUUUCGUGUUUUCGGUGUUCUUAUUCAUGCCAAUGAUGGAACAAAAAACUUGGGAGAUGAUUCAGCAAGUAAAAAAAGUUUGCUUUAGCCCCUACUUUUGUAUUCAUUUUGCUGUGUUUGUAAUGGACUGGAAGUUGAGUUAA